AUGGCCUCUGUUUCUCGCCUUAGCAGCUCUGCCCUCCGGGCCUCGCUUAAGUCCCAAGCCUUCAAUGGCCGGACCGUAGCCUUCAAUGGCGCCCGUUACUACUCGGCGAAGACCCAGACUCUCAAAGAACGUUUCGCCGAACUCCUCCCUGAGAAGAUUGAGCAGAUCAAGGCUCUGCGAAAGGAGCAUGGUUCCAAGGUCGUUGACAAGGUCACUCUUGACCAGGUCUAUGGUGGUGCCCGUGGCAUCAAGGCCCUCGUCUGGGAGGGUUCCGUCCUUGACUCUGAGGAGGGUAUUCGGUUCCGCGGCAAGACUAUCCCCGAGUGCCAGGAGCUUCUGCCCAAGGCUCCCGGUGGCAAGGAGCCGCUUCCUGAAGGUCUUUUCUGGCUUCUCCUGACUGGUGAGGUCCCUACCGAGCAGCAGGUCCGCGACCUCUCUGCUGAGUGGGCUGCCCGUUCCGACAUCCCCAAGUUUGUCGAGGAGCUGAUCGAUCACUGCCCUACCGACCUUCAUCCCAUGGCUCAGUUCUCUCUGGCUGUCACCGCUCUCGAGCACACCUCUUCUUUCGCCAAGGCGUAUGCCAAGGGUGUCAACAAGAAGGAGUACUGGGGCCACACUUUUGAGGACUCCAUGGACCUCAUUGCCAAGCUGCCCAAUAUUGCUUCUCGCAUCUACCAGAACGUCUUCAAGGGUGGCAAGGUUGCCCCCAUCCAGAAAGACAAGGAUUACUCCUUCAACUUUGCCAACCAGCUGGGCUUCGGUAACAAUAAAGACUUCGUUGAGCUGCUCCGUCUCUACCUGACCAUCCACACUGACCACGAAGGUGGCAAUGUCUCUGCCCAUACCACUCACCUGGUCGGCUCGGCCCUCAGCUCACCUUUCCUCUCUCUUGCCGCCGGUCUCAACGGUCUUGCCGGCCCCCUGCACGGCCUGGCUAACCAGGAGGUGCUUCUCUGGCUCACUGAGAUGAAGAAGGUUGUUGGUGAUGAUCUCUCUGACAAGAACAUCACUGACUACCUGUGGUCUACCCUCAAUUCUGGUCGCGUUGUUCCUGGCUACGGCCACGCUGUUCUCCGCAAGACUGACCCCCGAUACAUGGCUCAGCGCGAGUUUGGUCUCGCCAAGAUGCCUGAGGACCCCAUGUUCAAGCUUGUCAGCCAGGUCUACAAGAUUGCUCCUGGUGUCCUGACCGAGCACGGCAAGACCAAGAACCCUUACCCCAAUGUCGACGCCCACUCUGGUGUUCUUCUGCAGCACUACGGUCUUACGGAAGCUAGCUACUACACCGUGCUGUUUGGUGUUUCUCGCGCCAUCGGUGUUCUGCCCCAGCUGAUCAUCGACCGCGCUGUUGGUUCUCCCAUUGAGCGCCCCAAGUCGUUCUCCACCGACAAGUGGGUUGAGAUUGUCAAGAAGCUGUAA